ACUGAGCAUAGCUGCAUCACACUUACCCAUGCAAUAAAAGACGCUGGGGUUCUACACAAAAAUUCAGUGGGGUUCAUCCUCCCAAAUUUGGAAGUUAAAUUUAUUGAUUCUGAUACUGGUCGAUCCCUCCCAAGGAACACACCUGGGGAAAUUUGUGUCAGAAGCCAAUGUGUAAUGCAAGGUUACUAUAAACAGGUUGAUGAAACUGCUCAUACAAUUGACAAGGAUGGAUGGCUUCACACUGGGGAUGUAGGAUACAUAGAUGAUGAAGAGAAUAUAUUUAUUGUUGAUCGCAUCAAGGAGUUAAUUAAAUACAAAGGAUUCCAAGUAGCUCCUGCUGAGUUAGAGGCCAUUUUGUUAUCUCAUCCGUCGGUAGAAGAUGCUGCAGUUGUGCCGUUGCCAGAUGAAGAAGCAGGGGAAAUCCCAGCGGCGAGUGUUGUCGUGAGCCGCGGCGCAAGAGUGACCGAAAAGGAAAUCAUGGACUAUGUUGCUUCAAAUGCUGCACAUUACAAGAAAGUGAGGGUGGUGCACUUUGUAGAAACCAUACCAAAAUCACCUUCUGGCAAGAUAAUGAGAAGGCUUAUUAAAGAGAGGAUGGUGAAAAAAAUGAAGACAAACUCCACACCAAAAUCCAACAUUUCUUAAGUCAUUAUAUCAUAAUAUUAUUUAUGCUUUUCCUGUGGUCGAUGAUUUAUUUACUGUUUUGGUUUAUGGA